AAUUAAGGCUUUGUUGUUGUAGUAAAAAUUGCUGCUUAUGCUAGAGAGCCUCGAAAUCGCUGGCGGUCGCUUUGAGUGAGCGAAGGAAGAAGUGGCUGCGGCUUCUUCUUGGAACUGGAAUCGCUGGUCGGCUCCAGUUUUCUAAACUGAAUGCACUCAAUCGUUGAUGUAGAUGGACUCUUCGUCUUCGUCCGCGGAGCAGCGUUACUGCUAUUACCCAAAACUUAAGUGGAAUCCGCAGGUGGAGGAGUACUUUAUCAAGGCAUACGGAACUGACCACUUCGCUCGAGUUUCAGAAGCCCUAACGCGUCCAUCCUCUUACUCAUGCAUUCGAGUAAAUUUUCUCAAGUCUACAAACGAAGCUGUUAUUGAGAAGCUAACGAGACUACUUCAAGAUGGAUAUGUAGAUGAUUUGGAUUGUUUGAGUACAGGAAAGUGGGUAUCUGAAGGCAAUGCUGCAGAUGAUGGUUUGAGCAAAGAUAAUAUCGAUAGAAUGUUUAAUUUUUCGCUGGAGGAAACAACAAAGAAUGUGGAAAAACCUAUGACAAUGUUAAAACACCCUACAAUUUGUCAAUGCCAGUUUCCUGGACUUGAUCAUGUCUUGUUUGUCAAAGGUUCUGGUCCAUAUAGCAUUCAUUAUGGCAAUCAGUCGGAUGAAUCAGUGAAGGAAGUAAUUGUUAGUCGAAAAUGUGCUGAGGCUGUUCUUCGAGGAGCCCAGAUAUAUGUACCGGGGUUAUUGGCUUGUAGUUCACAUGUUGAGAAGGGAGAUAUUGUUGCAGUUUCGGUGGCUGUAGAGCAGCGAAGUACUGAUGGUAGAUGGGGUGUUAAUCUGACACGCGGAACUGUUCUACAAGGAACACAGCAAGAUCCGCAAUACCUCGAAAGAAAUGGCAUGUACAUUGGCCAAGGAAUCACAAAGUUUUCUAGGGCGGGUAUGUUUCGUGCUUUAGAAGGAAUUGGUGUGGAAAUGACAGAUAGAGUUUACAGGCUUCCUUCAUUCCGCAAUUUGCUUGAGGGUGAGAUAUUUCUUCAAAAUUUACCCAGUAUCGUUGCUGCUCAUGUUCUUGAUCCCCAACAAGGAGAACGGAUAUUAGACAUGUGUGCUGCUCCUGGUGGGAAAACGACUGCAAUUGCCAUGCUUAUGAGGGAUAAUGGAGAAGUUGUUGCUGUUGAUAGAUCACACAAUAAGGUGAUGGAUAUAAAAAAAUUGGCUGCAGAGAUGGAUCUUACUUGUAUAAGGCCUUAUAGACUUGAUGCCCUAAAAUCUGUCUGCCAAACUAGUAUGGUAACUAAUGCUGCAUCAACAAACCUGGAUCAUGAUUUAUUAGACAUGACAGUUGAGAAUUCAUCAUCAAAAUUAGACAAUGGUUAUAUGGAUGCUGCAAACAUAGAAGGAGACAAAACUGAUGCGAAAAUCAUGAACAAUUGCCUUCUUUCAUCCGGCAAUAGAAAUUAUGGAAAUGGAAGAUACGCCAACAAUGCUGAAUUAAGAAGGCCCACGCAAACAAUGAAAAAUGGACCGGGAAGAAAUCAUUCUGUAGGUGGGAGGGCUGAGAAUUCAAAAGGUUUUCUACCUAACAGUUUUGAUCGUGUACUGCUCGAUGCUCCAUGUUCUGCCCUUGGCUUACGACCUCGUUUGUUUGCUGCCGAUGAGACGAUAGAGUCCCUGCAAACUCACGCCAAGUAUCAAAGAAGAAUGUUUGAUCAGGCUGUUCAAUUAGUUCGUUCCGGAGGAGUCAUUGUAUAUUCCACCUGUACAAUAAACCCUGGAGAGAAUGAAGCAUUAGUUCGAUAUGCUUUAGAUACAUAUAAGUUUCUCUCCCUUGCACCACAGAACCCAAGAGUUGGAGGCUCAGGACUUGUAGGCAAAUGUGAACUUGGUGAAAAAUAUGUGGAGACAUGGCUUACAGAAAGAGAGGCGGAGCUAGUUCAACGAUUCGAUCCAUCUGCGCCUCUCGAUACCAUUGGUUUCUUCAUUGCAAAAUUUAAUGUUGGCCAGAAAUAACUACCUGUGAGGCAAUUUAUACUUUUUUCAGCUUAUCACCAUACAUUGUGUUGUUUAAGCUGCCCCAUAUCCAUUUUUUGACAUGAUUUUUGAUGCAUCAAUUUAUUGCUGGACAAUUUUUUUGGGGUAAUACUUGUACUUAUUUGAA